UACGAAUGCUCCGCACGUUUAGAAACAGCGGCUUUGGAUUUAUCUUUUAAUACAGACUAAAUAUUUGGAAGAUAUCUGUGGUGUGAUGACAGAUACGAUUUGUGAUUGGAAAUGGGGGGUGCAAAUCCCCACCCAAAUAAUAUGGGUUGAGGAGACAUUAGUAAGGGUGCAAAAGAUGUGUUGGGCCACUUCGUCUCCCAUAUACUGCACAGCGUUACUCCGGACCUCAGGUCAGUGCGCUCAGCACUAAAUAAAGACCUACCAUCUCGAAAGUAUGUGGCAACUCCCACCUUUUUCCCUGUAAGAUCAAAUGAGAACAAAAAUCGUGUUGAAUACUGGAGGUUGGACGUUUGAAGAAAACUUUCUUCCUCGUUAUCUUGCAGUUGCGGAGACACGAGAUUGCAGAGAUGCUGGAAUCUGAAGCAACAAACAAUCUGCCGGAAGAACUCAGCGGGUUGAGCAGCAUCUGUGAAAGCGAAAGGAUUUGUCGAAGUUGCUCCCCGCUUCUCCAUAUUAUACUCCACACAUGCGCAGAUGGAGCGCCGUUCGCACAUGCGCAGUAGUAACAGUGGUCUAUAAUGGCGGCGGCGAUGUUGAUGUCGGACUGUCAGGUCGGUAUCGCAGGCGGUGGCGGCGGAGGAGGCUUAAACGGAUUUGAUGGCGGAGGAGGCAACGGUCACAAUGGCCCCGCAUCGGGUCACCUCCCUUGGAACAGGAGUUUGGAGCGAUCCUUGGAGGAAGCUGCUGCGACCGGAGUGUUGAACUUAAGCGGGAGGAAGCUGAAGGAGUUCCCGAGGAGCGCGGUGAACCAGGACUUGACAGAUACGACGCAGUCGGAUCUAUCCAAGAACAGAUUAGUGGAGAUUCCAGCUGAAGUUUGUUACUUUGUGUCAUUGGAGAGCCUUAACCUCUAUCAAAACUGUAUACGAAGUAUUCCGGAAGCCAUUUUAAAUCUACAGUCAUUAACCUUUUUAAACAUCAGUCGCAACCAACUCACAACAUUACCUGGGCACAUCUGUAAUCUCCCUUUAAAAGUUCUAAUUGCAAGUAACAACAAAUUGAUGUCAUUGCCAGAGGAGGUGGGAUUACUACGGCAAUUAACAGAACUUGACGUCAGCUGUAAUGAGAUACGUACAUUACCACCACAGGUGGGAAAUUUGGAGAUUUUAAGAGACCUAAACUUGAGGAGAAAUCACUUGGUAACUCUACCAGAAGAACUUGCAGAUUUACCACUCGUGCGAUUAGAUAUCUCCUGCAAUAAGGUUACAGCAAUUCCAGUCUGCUAUAGAAAUUUGCGGCAUCUUCAAACAAUUAUAUUAGAUAAUAAUCCCUUGCAGUCUCCUCCAGCACAGAUAUGUAUAAAGGGGAAAAUCCAUAUAUUCAAAUACCUUAAUAUUGAAGCAUGUAAGAGUGUUCCGGACCUGCCAGAAUAUGACAGAACAAGGCCAGUUGGGUUCAACUCAUGUCAGGAAGAGUAUUUCUCAGGUCGACCAUAUGGAGCACUGGACUCUGGCUUCAACAGUGUUGACAGUGGAGAUAAGAGGUGGUCGGGGAAUGAGCCUGCAGAUGAAUUUACUGACCUUCCACAACGAAUGGCUGAAAUUGCAAAGGAGCAACGGCAGCGACGAGAGAGUCAGCAUCAUGAACAACGAUCUACAUCACUCGUGCCAAAUGGCAUAGUUGAACAUGAUCUAGAACAGAUUGAUUACAUUGAUAGCUGUCCAAUUGAGGAAGAGGAGGAGGAAGUGCGAUUGUCAAAACGUCCUGAUUCCGCCAGCCUCAGCUCACAAUUUAUGGCAUAUAUUGAAAAGAGACGUAAUAACUAUGAGGGCUCUCCAGUGAAGUCGAAGCUUAUUGGAGAUCCACGAAGAACGGAGAGUGGGAAGGGCUGGUUACAACAGAACAGUGAAUUUUCAGAAGCUGGCUUGAUGUUAAAAGCUCCAUCUAUUGGUCAAUAUGGGACUUCGAAUGCUGGAUGCACAGAGAUGGAGCUACAGAGAAAGCGUGAGCAAUUACUGGUUGAACGGACCAGAAGAGAGGCACAAAUUGCAGCUGAACAAUACGAAGAGGAGCGAAGCCGAACAAAACAAAUACAGAAAGAAGCCAUCCUUGACUUUGUGAGAAAAAAGAGUGGCCAGAGCCCUCAGAAACAGAAUCCUUCAGACAGCGAUCACAGUGAUCACCCCAAACAUUUCCCUGUCAGACGGUCUCAGCACACAGAUGAUAGCGCCUUAUUAGUGAAUGGCUUUGAACCGCACUUCUUCUUUGAGAUUGAUAAUAACACCAAUACCAUUAAACGGAGGCCUGGCUCUCACAGCAAGAGUGAAGACAAAGCACCUGUGUCACCGAAUGCUACUACCCAAUCAUCUGUCCAUAUGGUCCAGCCUGGUCCUCCUUAUCCUGGUUCUUCUUCCCACUUUUACAAACAGUCCACACAAGCUAACCGACCUGAGAGCUUCCUCUUGAGAGCAGCCAUGCGUGAUGAAAUGAAGAAAGAUGGGAACUUUGCUGCUGCUUCCUCUGUAAACCCUGUCCAGGAUUCUGAAAUCCCGAUGAUACUGCAGAACCAAAAGCAAUAUGAGGAUGAACAGAGAGCUGUGCAGCAACUAAGGAAGAACAUUGAAACACGGUUAAAGGUUUCGCUCCCAAGUGAUCUUGGAACAGCACUUACAGAUGGUGUUGUCCUCUGUCAUCUGGCUAAUCAUGUGAGACCUCGGUCAGUCCCUAGUAUACAUGUCCCAUCUCCGGCAGUGCCCAAACUAACAAUGGCAAAAUGCAGACGAAAUGUGGAGAACUUCCUAGAGGCAUGUAAGAAAAUUGGUGUACCGCAGGAUCGUUUGUGCCUGCCCCUUCACAUUCUAGAAGAGAAAGGACUGGCACAGGUAGCCGUGACCAUAGAAACUCUGCUUGAGCUCGCCCCUACCAAACAGCACCAUUAAUCAACUGUCUAGAGACUACAAGUGAUGAGCAUCACACCCAAGAAAUACUUUGCAGCAUUAUAGAAAGUGCUCCGCGUUGUUCUGCAUGGUGAUCAUAUUUAUAACAUUUUUUUUAGCAUCUGCAUGAUAAUUUUCUGCCUUGUCAGCACUAGCAACCAGUUGCUAAACGUGACCUUUUUGAUCUCUCCAUUCUGUUACUUUUCCAAAAAGGCAGCACUCCAUUUGUUUUCUAGCUCGGGUACUGUGAUCCAAGUGGUUUUCAUAGUAGCACUCAAGCUGCUGAGCUAUUUCACAGAGUAGUAUUAUCAACAGAUCAAGGAACUAAAACAAAAAAUAGAUUACCCCUCAUAACUUGCCUCAUGAGUGGCCAGACAAUGUAUUGAAUUUCUUGUUUGUGUGGUGGCCAAUAAGCUGGGAAUUUGAUAGGAACAGUCAGAACCAUCUGAGACAUACAUUGCAAUAAGAAAUUCACAAUAGAGUUCCACAUAAUAUAAUUUUAAUUUGAUUCCAUGUUCUAAAUAGGAGUAAGAAAUCCAUAAUAGCAGCAGAUCUUCACAAGGGUUGAUAAAAAUAUUUUUACUUAGUGUAUCCCUUGUCUGGUAAGAAAUACUGAGAAGUUGCAAAAAUGCAUGAAUGUCCACUCAGUAUUUUUUGUAUAGGAAUGGUAUAUUUCACCAGUAGCUGAACCCCAUUAUAUACUGUAAUGAUUCUUAUAAGGGAAUGUUACAUGGUGUUUUUAGAAAUCCAUUUCUAGAAACUAUGCACUGACUGUACUCUUAAGUGGAUCAGUACAGUAUGAAUUAUUUCAGGUUUGGUUACAGGGUUUCCUUAGUCCUUGUUAUGUAUUUUGAAGUGUAGAUGGACAUGGUUAUACAUAGAUAUUGCUUUCUGUUGCCUUCAUGUAUGCAUUUAUUCUAAUCUAACUAAGUGGUUUAAUUGAGCUUUUAUAACUUUUUAUCGUUAGAUUUUGUUCAUAGAGUAUACAUUUAUAUUUAUUCAUAGUACACAAGUUUGAUAAAACAACCACUAAAUAACCUCUGGUUGCUCAGCUGUAUUUGAGUAAUGUAGUGAAAUGCACUUUAUUCAUGAAGUAGCAUGAACUUCAGUCAGCUUCAUGACAUCAGAAGUAAAUCUGUUUGUAGUGUAGGCUUUCUACAUGACUUUUAGUACCUUCCACUACAUUUUUGUUCAUUUAUGUAUCUAAUUAUUUAUAUAGCAUAAACUGAAUAUACAGUGGAAAACGGUGAUAUGCAGACUUCACAUCAUUUUUAUAUAGCACUUAUCUAUCUUUUUAAGACUUAAUUAGUUGUGGUUUUGACUUGAAAGGCUCUGUGUGGAAUAAAUUGUAUCCACUAUUUCUCAUGAUGUAAUCUUUAAAAUUAAAUUCACACUUGCAAUAAUCAUAAACCUAAAAUUUUCAACCUAUCAUUAUGUGAGAAGUCCUGUAUUCCACCCUCAAACAGUUAGAAUGCUCACACCAAACUUUUGUUGUUAUCUGUACCAAAGUGGUUAACUUUUCAAUAUGUUUUACAUCAUUUAAGUUUGGGGUUGUUCUUAAGUGUAGCACAGGUAGACAAUAGAAGGGAGUUCCUUUUUUUUAUUUAUGAUCUGAACAGAUGGAGUUUUGCCUGCAGUUCCCUUUUCACGAAUAACCACAUUCCAGGUUUUCUUAUUAAACAGUUUAAGUACAGGAUUGCUUCGAAUUCUGUUUUGAUUUUAAGCUAUACAAUAAGAUUUUAUUACCCAAAUGCUAAUCUCUUUGUAUUUCUCCAUUUUCAUUAUUUCAAGUUUGCUAACUGGUGUCGGAUUGACUUGGUAGAAACCCAUUGAGUUUUUGAAAGUUACUUGAUCUAAAUUGGAAACAGUCAAGGCGCAGAUUAACAACGUUCACAUUAAUUAAGAAGUGAAUUCAGCAUGACAAAUCCACUUCACAUUUUGCCUUUGCAGAACUUGCUGGGCAGAAAAGUGCACAAUUCUUAUUCAUAUAUUUGAACAUCUAAGUGAUUUGGAAAUACUUGAAUAGUGUUGUACUGGAGCAGUAGCCAUUUGUGUGUCUGAUUCCCAAACAGAAACGAUAUAUUUAAGCAUUAACUCAUUUUCACAUUUUUUAAUUUGGUAGGGAAUAAGAGAGAUAAGGAAAAGACGGAUAGGGAUAAGGGUGAAAAUGUAUUUUAAAAUUAAUCUUUGAUUAUUGCCCAUCUUUGAUCAGAAACAUAUUAUCUGCUCUGAUGCAAUAAGUUUGAGUCACUGGGAAUGGGGAUAGGAGGUAGUGCAGAUGAGACUGGGUGCAGUGAGAGGGUAUUAAUUUUGAUGAGGAAAUAAUACUUUGCAAAUUCAAAAAUAAUUGGCAGCAUUGUGUUGUCGGAAAGCAAUGCUGCAGCAACAAAGCUGUGACUGCUGUCAAGUUACGUGCUUCUGACCAGUGAAAGUACCCCAAACCUAAGCAACCAUUAGCAAGUAAAUCAGCCAUUUAUUUUGAUCUAUAACUGAGAAUUUCAACAAUUAGAUAAUGUUUUUCUAUUUUUGUUCUACUAUUAUUCUACUGAGGAAGUUGCACUUAACACAUUCUUUAGCAGUGAGCUGUGACUCUGGAUCUUGAAAUUGAACAAGUUUGGUGCUGUUUCUAAUUGUGCUAAGAUAUAAACCUGAAUAGCAACAACAGAAAAAUUAUGAAGUUAAAAACUAUAAUUAGAAUCAUGGGAGAAGUUUGUUCUAUUCAUCGAUCCUGACACCUCUAUUCAAUGUUUCUGUAAUGCCUUAAGACCAGAAUUUGUACUCCCUGUAAAGCACCUUCUAUAAAGUCAGGUUGUAAAUGGUACAGUACAGAAUCUGGUGAAUUGGGACGUCAUUUUCUCAUUCCUUGAGUUAAACUGGGUCGUAAAAAGUGCAAUAAUACUGGUUUAAGGGUGCAUCUGUUUCAUUACCAUUCCUAUGCAAAUGAUGACUUUAAAAAUUUUUUGUACUAAACAGAAUUUUCAGAAGGUUGUUGUAUAAUGUCCUGUCUUGAUCAAGGAAUUUAAGAUCGCAUAUUGGCUCAGAUUAUGUCCUAGCAUGGUGAUCUUGACUGUGCAGACAAAUAGUUAAUAUUUCGUCAGCACAGGUCGUUGAUCUGAAAAGUUAACUGUUUCUCUCCAAAAAUGUUACCAGACCUGCUGAACAUUUCCAGCAUUUGUGUUUUUACUUCAGAUUUCCAGCAUUCUCAGUAUCUGCUCUUUGUGAUCUUGUCUAUUUGUCAUUCUAAUUUGUUUGUAGGAUUAGCAUGCUUAAAAUGCAUUCACCUAAUGGAGGUUAUGAUCAUUUCACAAGAUUAAUAAUGUUUUGAAAAUAUAGGUAUGACUAAUAUCUAACUAAAUAAUACUGCAUUGCAGAUUAAGUUGAUUUAUUUCCUUCUCAAUAUUGCAGUAUCAUUAAAUGGAUCAGAUGGGAUUCUUAAUGGACAUCUUAGUUGUAUUCCAGUUCCUAAGUAACUCUACUGUACCUUGUUGCUCUAUUCAAGAGGCAAAUAUUAGACUGUUGUAAAUGUUAUUUGGUACUGCAUUUCACAGGGUGCAAUUUUUCUAAAUCUCUGAUCUUUAUGUUCCACUCCCUAGAAAUAAUGAAAUUUCUAAUUAACUUGUAUUCAGCAGGAAUAUAAUGUUAUGUCAUUGAAUAAUUGCAUUGACCAUUGAAAAUCAGCUUGAAUCAGGUUUGGAACCACUUUUAUACAAGGAGUAAACUGAAAUGCAUCAAGCAAUGUUGACAUAUGUUAUUGCUGGAACCUUUUGAAACAGAAUAGACUGAAACUGACAAAUAUGGAAACAAAUAAUUUACAAAGAAGUUAACUCUACUUCCCAGCUAGUUGGAACCAGUACUUAAAUGUUUGUGGUGAACGUACAUGGAUGACUGUUUAGUAUAAUUUUUUUUUGCCUUCCAUUUGUAGACUGUUGUAAAUACUCCUGUAGCUGCUCGUGGUUAUGGUUAUUUGUACACAAUAUUGGAUGUUUUAUGUUCAUCAUAUUCUCUUUUAAGAACUAUAUUAAUGUUACAUUUUGUCUGCUGAGAGCAGCUAGAUCUGUUACAUAUGUGUUCUUACAGCUGCAGAGAGACUGGAUGUGUAUUCUUUUGUUCAAUUAUUUUCCAUGGUAGACCUACUAAAAACUUGGAGGCCUUGGCUUUAAUUAUAUUGUAUAGAUACUUGUUAUGUAAAAAAAAGAGGCAUGUUGUGUCAACUCCACUUUGGUUGUAACUGUCACCUUUGUACAUAUGUAUAACAUACAUUAUAGGUUUAUGAGGCUUUUGUGAUGAAUAAAGAUUGUAUAUGGAAAUAGCA